AUGCGAAGAGAGUUUUCAAAGUCUGAAAGAAAAGUUGAUAUCUGCUCUAGUUUUAUGUGUGUUAAUAGGAGAAAGGCAGUUUGUGCAUACGCAAUUCGAAAGAGAAAUUUUCUCAAGUACUUUAAAAAGAUUAAGGAAAUGGAUCCUCCCAUAGCUGAAUAUCUUCAGGGUAUUGGUUUUGAUAGGUGGAAUCAUGCUUACUUUCUUGGAAAUCGAUACAAUGUCAUUUCUAGAAAUUACGUAGAAAGCUUUAAAAAUAAAAAUAGAGAGGAAAGGACCUUCCCAGUUACUACUUUUGUUGAAUCCAUUUGCUUCAGUUUUCAGACAUGGUUUGCUGAUAGACGUGAAAAAUCAGCAAAUGAAAUAAAUGUGCUAGCACCCCUGAUGCAGAAGAAUUUGAAGGUAGUUCGUGAGAAAGAAAAAUUCCUAGAUAUCCAUGUCCGUGGUCAUCAUGAUUUUCUUGUUGUUGAUGGUAAUGGUGAUGGUGAGAUGAACUUGGUCACAAAAUCACGCUCGUGUGGCAUGUUCUAA